UGUCCACAGGAGAUAUUGUGAGAUUCUUCAACAUCGCCCUCUCAGCGCCGCUAACUUCGGGAAGAUCAUUCGAGACAUUUUCCCCAACAUCAAGGCUCGCAGGCUUGGAGGCAGAGGGCAGUCCAAGUACUGCUACAGCGGCAUCAGGAGGAAGACUGUGCUCAACAUGCCUCUGCUGCCCAACCUGGACCUGAAGAACGACCCGGCGGAGCUGACGGAGUUGGUGCAGACGUAUAAACAGGAAGUGACGGAGGCGGCGUGCGAGCUGAUCUGUGAUUGGGCGCAGAAGAUCCUGAAGCGCUCGUUCGACACGACGGUGGAAAUCGCCCGAUAUCUGAUCCAGGAGCACAUCGUGAACCCUCGCUGCAGCCAGGCUGAGCUGGUGACCUCCGCUGCACUCGCAG